AUGGCAGUUAAUAUAACCUCCAUCAAAACCUCAUCAAAUGGAGUUUGGGAAGGUGAUAACCCUUUGGACUAUGCGUUUCCUUUACUCAUUCUCCAAACUACCCUAAUCCUCGUCCUCAGUCGCCUCCUCGCCUUCCUAUUCAAACCCCUCCGCCAACCUAAAGUCAUUGCCGAGAUAGUUGGUGGGAUCCUUCUGGGACCUUCGGCUUUUGGCCGAAACCAAGAAUACAUGCACAGAAUAUUCCCAAAUUGGAGCACUCCAAUUCUUGAAUCCGUUGCAAGUAUUGGCCUAUUGUUCUUCCUUUUCUUGGUGGGCCUUGAACUUGAUUUGAAUUCCAUUCGCCGGACAGGUAAACGAGCUUUUGUUAUAGCGGCUGCCGGAAUUUCAAUGCCGUUCAUCCUCGGCGUCGGAAUAGCUUACGUUUUCCGUAAAGCCGUCGACGGAGCAGACAAAGUUGGGUACAUUCAGUACGUAGUCUUCAUGGGAGUGGCUCUCUCUAUUACUGCUUUCCCAGUUCUUGCUCGGAUCCUGGCGGAGCUGAAACUCCUCACCACCCGCGUCGGUGAAACCGCCAUGGCUGCGGCAGCGUUUAACGACUUGGUAGCUUGGAUUUUACUAGCCCUCGCCAUUGCUCUGGCAGGUAACGGCGGCGAUGGCCCCCACAAAAGUCCACUGAUUUCCAUAUGGGUUUUGUUAUCUGGCGUUGCAUUUGUUGCUUUCAUGAUGGUGGCUAUCAAGCCUGCCAUGACCUGGGUGGCGAGGCGGUGUUCUCCGGAGCAAGACACGGUGGACGAGGCGUAUAUAUGUUUAACAUUGGGCGGUGUACUGGUGGCGGGUUUUGUUACUGACUUCAUCGGUAUACAUGCCAUAUUUGGUGCAUUUGUUUUCGGAUUGACGAUACCUAAAGGAGGAGAUUUUGCUGAGAAAUUAAUCGAAAGGAUUGAGGAUUUCGUGUCGGGAUUGUUGCUGCCUCUGUAUUUUGCUUCGAGUGGACUAAAAACAGACGUAGCAAAAAUUAAGGGUGGCAAGGCGUGGGGGUUACUGGUGCUGGUGAUAACUACCGCCUGCACCGGAAAAAUUGUAGGGACAUUUACGGUGGCGAUGAUGUGUAUGAUUCCGGCCAGAGAGUCUAUUACACUUGGAGUUCUGAUGAAUACAAAAGGACUCGUAGAGCUAAUUGUUCUCAAUAUUGGCAAGGAGAAGAAGGUUCUAAAUGACGAGGCAUUUGCUAUACUAGUUCUCAUGGCACUAUUUACCACCUUCGUUACAACUCCAACAGUUAUGGCAAUCUACAAGCCAGCACGAGGUUUCUCCGCCAGGGGGGGCCGUCGAUUGCAGUCUGCUUCGGACAACAUCAAAGACGAACUCCGAGUACUCGCUUGUGUCCAUGGCCCUGGCAACAUUCCCUCACUCAUCAACCUCAUUGAGUCAACUCGGUCCACCAACAAGGCGUCCAAGCUCAAACUCUAUAUAAUGCACCUAGUCGAGCUCACCGAACGAUCCUCCUCUAUCAUUAUGGUCCAACGUUUGAGAAAAAAUGGGUUUCCAUUCAUCAACCGCCUGCGUCGAAGUGGGUUCCACGAUCGGGUUGCGGUGACAUUCCAAGCUUAUGGGCAACUCGGACAAGUCAAUGUUCGGCCUACUACUGCCGUUUCACCAUUGCCAACUAUGCAUGAAGACAUAUGCCACGUGGCAGAAGAUAAAUCAGUGACUAUGAUCAUCUUGCCCUUUCACAAGCAAUGGAGGAGAAUCAACGAUCAUGAAGAAGUUGAAAAUGUGGGCUAUGGAUGGAGAGGGGUCAAUCAAAAAGUGUUGAAGGAGGCACCGUGUUCGGUGGCGGUGCUUGUAGACCGUGGAUACGGCGGAGGAGCUCAAAUGACACCGGGUCCCCCUUCCACAACGGUGCAAAAAGUUUGCAUUAUAUUCUUUGGCGGGCCAGAUGAUAGAGAAGCAUUGGAAUUGGGAGGCAGAAUGGCGGAGCAUCCUGCGGUGAAUGUAACUGUUAUAACAUUUGUUCAAAAGAAUGAAAUGGACGGCCUUGAUCUCGUGCUACGUCCAUCACCUAAUAAAUGUCGAGAAAGUAGUUACACCUUCACAACUGCAAUCACCAAUCCUAAAAAUGAAAAGGAGCACGAUGUGGCUACAGUUGCAGAAUUUAAGAUGAGAUGGGAAGGUAUGGUGCAAUUCGUAGAAAAAACAGGAAGCAAUAUAGUUGAACAAGUUUUAGCAAUUGCAAAAAGUGGAGAAUAUGACCUAAUUGUAGUUGGCAAAGGUCGUUGUCCUUCUACUAUGGUGGCAUCCCUAGCAGAGCGACAUGCUGAACAUCCAGAGUUAGGGCCUAUAGGCGAUGUGUUGGCCUCAGCAGGCCAAGGGAUAAUGUCCUCAGUGCUUGUGAUACAACAACAUGAUAUGGCUCAUUCUGAAGAGCUUCCGGUGUCAAAGACCACUCGUGAAGAGGUUGAUAAUGAGAGAGAUGGUGAGCCAUCAAGUUUGGUAUAG